GGGGCGCUGCCACCGCAGGCUGUGGUUCAGGGGGGGACGCUGCGCUUCGGCGCUGUCGAGCCUGCCAACACGGGGCACUACGAGUGCCAGGCAAGGAGCAGCGCUGGGCAGCACACGGCACGUGCCUUCCUCCAUGUGCAAGACGCGGGCACCCCCCAGGUGCAGGUGAGCCCGGAGCGGACAGAGGUGCAGGAGGGCUCCACGGUGCGGCUCUACUGCCGGGUCUCGGGGUCCCCCACUGCCACCAUCACCUGGGAGAAGCAGGGGGGUGCUCUGCCACCACAGUCCCGCACCGAGCACGGUGACAUUGCCACGCUCGUCAUCCCUGCUGUGACGGCAGCUGAUGGCGGCAUCUACAUCUGCAUGGGCACCAGUGCUGCUGGCACAGCCCGUGCCACUAUCGAGGUGGCUGUGGUGCCAGGGGUGACGCUGCCUGUCCGCAUUGAGUCCUCGUCCCCAUCCGUCAUCGAGGGACAGACCCUGGACCUGGACUGUGUGGUGGCAGGACCCAGCUCUGCCACCGUGACGUGGUACAAGCGUGGGGGCUCGCUGCCUGCUGGCCACCAGGUUUCAGGGUCCCGGCUUCACGUCCCCCGCAUCACGGCAGCUGAUUCAGGGGAGUACGUGUGCCGGGCAAGCUUGGGGACCACUGUCCGGGAGGCAUCUGUCAUUGUCACCGUCAUGGCUGCAUCAGGCUCAUCCUAUGGACCACCAACUUCAGGUGUCCCUGUCCGCAUCGAGGCAUCCUCAUCCACCGUGGCCGAGGGACAGACCCUGGAGCUGAACUGCAUCGUGGCCGGGCAGGGACAGGCCACUGUCACCUGGUACAAGCGUGGGGGGUCCCUCCCAGCCAAGCACCAGGUGUCGGGCUCCCGGCUGCGGCUGCUGCAGGUGACAACGGCCGACUCGGGCGAGUACGUGUGCAGGGUGACCAGUGGGGCCACCUCCAAGGAGAGUGCAGUCAUGGUGACCAUCCAGCCCAGCAGUGCCAGUGCCUACUCCCCGGGCAACACGACUCCCCUGCGCAUCGACUCCCCGUCCUCUGCUGUGGUUGAGGGACAGAUCCUGGACCUAAACUGUGUCAUUGCCAGCCCUGCACAGGCCACUGUCACCUGGUACAAGCGUGGGGGAACCCUCCCAGCCAAGCACCAGGUGUCGGGCUCCCGGCUGCGGCUGCUGCAGGUGACAGCGGCCGAUUCGGGCGAGUACGUGUGCCGGGUGACCAGCGGGGCCACCUCCAAGGAAACCUCCAUCAUGGUGGCCGUCCAGCCCAGCAGCGCCGGUGCCUACUCCCCAGGCAGCACAACCCCUCUGCGUAUCGAGUCCUCGUCCCUGUCAUCCCCCGUGACCGAGGGACAGACCCUGGACCUCAACUGUGUCAUUGCCAGCCCUGCACAGGCCACUGUCACCUGGUACAAGCGCGGGGGGACCCUCCCAGCCAAGCACCAGGUGUCGGGCUCCCGGCUGCGGCUGCUGCAGGUGACAGCGGCUGAUUCGGGCGAGUACGUGUGCCGGGUGACCAGUGAGGCCACCACCAAGGAGAUCUCCGUCAUGGUGACCAUCCAGCCCAGCAGUGCCAGCAGCUACCCUGUUGGUGUCACCCCUCCGGUGCGCAUUGAGUCCUCGUCCUCCUCCGUGGCCGAGGGACAGACCCUGGACCUCAACUGCAUCGUGGCCGGGCAGGGACAGGCCACUGUCAGCUGGUACAAGCGUGGGGGGUCCCUCCCAGCCAAGCACCAGGUGUCGGGCACGCGCCUGCGCAUCCCCCAGGUGACAGCAGCCGAUUCAGGGGAGUACGUGUGCCGAGUGACAUCAGGCAGUGUCACACAUGAGACCUCCCUCAUCAUCACCAUCCAGACUGGCGCUGGCUCCUCUUACGCUGUCGGUGUCACACCACCAGUGAGGAUCGAGACCUCCUCCGCUGCUAUUAGCGAGGGACAGACGCUGGAACUCAACUGCAUGGUGGCAGGACAGGGUCACCCCCAUGUCACCUGGUACCGGCGCAAUGGGGCUCUGCCACCAAACAGCCAGGUGUCUGGGACCCGCCUGCGCCUUGCCAAAGUGGCAGUGGCCGAUUCAGGGGAGUAUGUGUGCCGGGUGACCCUGGGGACCGUCACCCAGGAGGCGUCUGUCAUUGUCACCGUGCCCAGCAGUGCUGACACCUAUUACACCUCUGGCAUUUCCCAGCCCCUCCGCAUCGAGUCCUUGUCCUCGGCCAUCGCCGAGGGACAGACCCUGGACCUCAACUGCGUGGUGGCAGGGUCUGGCCCCACCACCGUGACGUGGUACAAGCGUGGUGGCUCCCUGCCCGUUGGCCACCAGGUGUCGGGCACCCGCCUGCGCAUCCCCCAGGUGACAGCAGCCGAUUCAGGGGAGUACGUGUGCCGGGUGACAUCAGGUGGUGUCACACAGGAGACGUCCCUCAUUGUCACCAUUGAUGAUGGAGACAACCCAUCCCACUCCACCGGCAUCACGCCACCCAUCCGCAUUGAGUCCUCAGCGUCCUCUGUCACCGAGGGACAGACUCUGGACCUGGACUGCGUGGUGGCUGGCCAGGGACAGGCCAUCAUCACCUGGUACAAGCGCGGUGGGGCCCUCCCAGCCAAGCACCAGAUUUCGGGGUCCCGGCUGCGGCUGUCACAGCUCUCGGUGGCUGACUCGGGAGAGUACGUGUGCCGGGCUGACACAAGCAGCGGGUCCCGCGAGGCCGCUGUGUCUGUCACUGUCACCUCCCGUGACAGCUCCAGCUACCGUCUGCAGAGCCCCAUCAUCUCCAUCGACCCACACAGCAUGGCAGUGGCACCAGGAGAAGAUGCCACCUUCAAGUGCCGCAUCCACGAUGGCGCCCGGCCUGUCAACAUCACUUGGCGCAUGGGGCCUGGCCAACACUUCCAAGACAAUGUGAAGAUCAGUGCCAAUGGCUCAGUCAUCUCCAUCACCAGUGCCCAUGUGGGCAACCAGGGCGCCUACCACUGCGUGGCCUCCAACCGCUUCGGCAUUGCCAGCAGCGUCGUCAACCUCAUGGUGCAAGGUGCCCCUGUGGUGUCAGUGAUGCCACCAGGCCCUGUGACAGUGAAGGAGGGCAAAUCCCUGAGCCUGGAGUGCCUGGGCCGGGGUGAGCCACGGCCACUGGUACGUUGGAGCCGGCUGGGCUCCCGGCAGAAGGUGGAGCACCAGACGCUGCUGCACAUGGACAGCCAGGCCAUCCUGCAGCUCUCCCCAGCCAAGCCGGAGCACGCCGGGACCUACGUGUGCACGGCACACAGCGCGCUGGGCUCGGCGCAGGCGCGGGUGGAUGUCACAGUGGAGUCAGCGCAGCGGCACCCUGGGGCCCCCGAGGUCACCGCUCCAUCUACUGUCACCGUGGUGGCCGGGGACACUGCCACGCUGCACUGCAUGGCCAGAGGUGACCCAGUGCCCCGGAUCGAGUGGUCCAAGCUGCGGGCACCCCUGCCCUGGCAGCACCGCGUGGUGAACGGCAGCCUGGUUAUCCCUCGUGCCGCGCAGCAGGACUCGGGCCAGUACAUCUGCAACGCCACCAGCCCUGUCGGUUCCACCGAAGUCUUCGUCACCCUCGAUGUGGAGACACCUCCUUAUGCCACCAUCGUGCCAGAGGACACAGCGGUGCAGGCGGGUGGCACGCUGCAGGUGCAGUGCCUGGCCCACGGCACCCCCCCGCUGCACUACACCUGGGACAAGGUGAACGGCAGCCUCUCGACACGCGUGGCCCACCGUGCUGGCCUCCUCCGCCUCGGCCCCGCGGCCCCUGCUGACACCGGCACCUACCGCUGCCUCGUCACCAACCGCAUCGGCACCGCCGAGGCCUUUGCCCGUGUGGCUGUUCAUGGUGAUGCUGGUGAAGGUGGGGACGUUGCUGGCGGUCCUUUGGUGGUGCGGGUGACACCAGAGAGCCUCGUCAAGGGGGUGGGUGGCACUGCCGAAUUCACCUGCUCUGUCUCCGGGGACCCCCGUGCCCAUGUGGAGUGGCUGAAGGAAGGUGGGGAGCUGCCCCCCACGCACAGCAUGCGGGACGGGGUGCUCCGGAUGCCAGAGCUGGCCUCGGGGGCACAAGGCGUGUACGUGUGCCGGGCCACUGCCCCAGGAAGGCAGGCAGAGGACAGAGCCACCCUCACUGUCCAGGCUCUCCCCAGGGCCCUGAUCAACAUCCGGACCGCGGUGCAGACGGUGCUGGCAGGGACAACAGUGGAGCUGGAGUGCCUGGGCUUGGGGGAACCCCGUCCCCAUGUCACCUGGAGCAAGGUGGGGGGUCGCAUCCGCCCCGGGGUGCUGAUCCGCGCUGGCACCCUCACCAUCGAGCAGGUGGAGCGGGCGGAUGCUGGGCAGUACCGCUGCACCGCCACCAACGCCGUGGGCACUGUCCAGUCCCACGUCAUCCUCCACGUGCAAGCUGCUCCUCAAAUCGCUGGGCAGCCAGAGGUGAAGGAGGUGUCCCUUGGAUCAGCAGCUGUUUUGCCGUGCUUGGCAUCUGGCUUCCCGGUGCCAGAGAUCACCUGGAGCAAGCUGGAGGGGGAGCUGCCGGCAGGUGCCAGGGUGCAGGGGAACGUGCUGACACUGCCAGCUGUGCGCCCCGAGGAUGCCGGCGUCUACACCUGCGUGGCCUCCAACCACCGCGGCCAGCAGACAGCUUACUACGUGCUGAAGGUCCAAGAGCACGUGGUCCCCUAUUUUGGGCAGUCGCCCCGCUCCUUCCUCCCCCUGCCCACCAUCAAGGACGCCUACAAGAGGUUUGAGAUCCUCAUCACCUUCCGACCUGAUGCUGCUGAUGGGCUUCUCCUCUACAACGGGCAGCGGAAAAACAGCGGUGCCGACUUCAUCUCUUUUGGGUUGGUGGGUGGACGCCCCGAAUUUAGGUUUGAUGCUGGUUCGGGCAUGGCCACCAUCCGUCACCCCACAGCGCUGCGGCUGGGCGAGUACCACACGGUGCGGCUGCUCCGCAACCUCACCUGGGGCUCCCUGGGGCUGCAGGGGCACCCCACCGUGAACGGCACCUCCCAGGGGAGGUUCCAAGGGCUGGAUCUGAACGAGGAGCUGUACCUGGGCGGGUACCCCGACAUCAGCGCUGUGGCAAAGACGGGGCUCAGCCGGGGUUUCAUGGGCUGUGUGCGCCAGCUCCGCAUCCAAGGGGAAGAGGUGGCCUUUGGGGACAUGGACCUCCAGGCACACGGUGUCACCAAUUGUCCCACCUGCCAGGACCAGCCGUGCCAGAACGGCGGCGUGUGCCAGGACGAUGAGAGUGGCACCUACGUCUGCCGAUGUCCCCACGGCUUCACCGGCAGCAACUGCGAGUACUCGCAGGCUUUGCACUGUCACCCAGAGGCGUGUGGGCCUGAUGCCACCUGCGUCAACCGGCCGGAUGGGCAGGGCUACAGCUGCCGCUGCCACCUGGGCAAGACUGGGGAGAGGUGCACCAAGGGUGAAGUGGUGAACGUGCCCUCGUUCGAUGAGGAGGGAGCCUUUGUCUCGUACCCACCCCUCACCAACGUGCACCAUGAGCUGCGGCUGGAGGUUGAGUUCCUGCCGCUGGCACCCGACGGGCUCCUGCUCUUCAGCGCUGGCAAAGCCACCCCUGUGGAGGACUUUGUGGCCUUGGCCAUGAUUGGUGGUCACGUCGAGUUCCGCUACGAGCUGGGCUCAGGCCCGGCAGUGCUGCGGAGCGCAGAGCCGGUGGCCCUGGGCCAGUGGCACCGGGUGACAGCUGAACGGGUUCACAAGGAUGGGACACUGGUGGUGGAUGAUGCUGCCCCGGUGAAACGCUCCUCGCCUGGCAAGAGCCAGGGGCUCAACCUGCGCAGCCCCCUGUACCUGGGGGGCACCGAGCCCCCCCUGCGCCCCCCCACCAACGCCUCCUUCCAUGGCUGCAUCGGAGAGGUGUCCAUCAGCGGCAAGCGCGUGGAGCUGCGGGAGCAGUUCCUGCGCAGCCGGGGAGUGCGGCCCUGCGGCCACCGCGCCCCGUGUCGGCCGGGGACCCGCGGCCUGCACUGUGAGGAGGAGGAGGAGGAGGAGGAGGCCGAAGGCUGUCACCCCUCCCGGCCCUGCCUGCACGGUGGCUCCUGUGUCCAUGGCUCCUGCCACUGCCCCCCUGGACACAGUGGGGCCCGCUGCCAGCACCGCUCAGCACUGGCAGAGCUGGAGCAGGACUGGCAAGAGGGCAGCGGUGGUGGCGAUGCCCCUGGGCAGUUCAGCGCCGCAUUCCAGGACGGAUCUUACCUGGCCCUUCCCGGGCACCUCUUCCCUCGCGGGUGGGUGAC